AUGGAAAACAUUAUAAGUGAAGUUGUGCCAAAAAUAGCAGUUGAUUUUGAAGCAGAUAAGGAUGUAUACUAUAUCUGGGUAAUUGUUCUUCUAAACACCUCUGUUUUAGAUCCAGGAGUGAAGGGUGGUUUGCGAUGGCCCCUAGGGAAGUCGAACUCGAGGGUUUGGUACCGUGUUAGAGGGGUUUCGCACACAGAAGUUAAGUUGUGUGAAAGCUCAUCAUUGAGCCUCAAGGUAAGACAUGCUGAUCGGUUUAGUUUUGAGUCUUCUACUGGGGAGUCUGCAUUGGAGAUUACUCUGAAGUUGAAGCGAUUAGCUUCAGACAUACUGUUCUAUGGGAGUUUGACGAAAUUAUCGGAACUUAUUGUUGGAAAAUGUGGAGGUCUACCUCUAGCAAUUGCUACAAUAGGUGGGCUUCUCUCAAGGAAACACAAGAUUGUUUCUGAAUGGGAAAAUAUACUAGGUAGCUUGGGCUCAAUAUUAAGUAGUGAUUCCCAUCUUAGUGAUUGCAAUAGAGUUUUGUCUGAAGGUUAUUAUGAUCUUCCUCACCAUCUCAAGUCAUGUCUCUUAUACUUUGGUGUGCUUCCAGAAGGCUACGAAAUUAGAGUUGGGAGAUUAAUUCGCCUUUGGAUAGCUGAAGGCUUUGUCCAAUGCAACAACAACCUUCCAUCUGAGUAUGUUGCACAAGAAUACUUGAAAGAACUUAUUGAUAGAAACUUGGUUCAAGUUUCAAAGAGAAAAGCUUCUGGACGAGCUAAAAGUAGUAGAGUUCAUGAUCUGAUGUACGAGAUCAUUCGCAGAAAGAUGAAGGAAUGUGAUUUUUGUCAUUUCUUUAACGAAAAAGGCUUGAGUCACAUUAGUAAAACUCGGCGUAUUUCAAUUGACAAAUGCGCUAAUGGUGUUUUAGAGAGCAUAAAAAAUUCAAAAAUCCGCUCCAUUUGUCUUUUUAAUGUAGACAAACUGCUCGAGACUUUCGUGACUACAUAUGUUGCUGAUUUCAAGCUCUUAAAGAUACUUGAUUUUGAAAAUGCCCCUUUGGAUUGUCUUCCUGAUAGAGUGGGAAAGCUCUUCCAUUUGCACUACUUAAGUUUGAAAAAUACAAAAGUUAAAGAACUUCCCAAGUCCAUAGGCAUGCUUCUCAACUUAGAGACUCUUGAUUUGAAGUGA